UCGCGAAGACAAAAGCAAAUUCGUCUUGGGUAACAUGGCGGCGCCCAUGUGCGGCUUGGCCGGUGAUCUGGACAAAUUUCGAAUCGCGUCGCUGCCUGACAGCGUCUACUACGUUCCGAAUUUCAUCACAGAAAAUGAAGAGAAAUACCUCCAUGACAAAGUCUACGACGCACCCAAGCCAAAGUGGGUCCAACUCGCCCGCAGGCGGCUCCAGAACUGGGGUGGACUGCCCCAUCCCAAAGGCAUGGUUUCGGAAGCUCUGCCGCAAUGGCUGAAGGACAUAUCUGCCAAAGUGGCUAGCCUGGGCGUCUUUGGCGAGAAGUUGCCAAAUCAUGUCCUCGUCAACGAGUACAAGCCUGGUGAAGGAAUCUUGCCUCACGAAGAUGGCCCACUGUACUACCCAGUGGUGACUAACAUCACCUUGAAUUCGAGUACCGUCAUCGAUUUCUACAAGCCACGGAAAAGCACCACUUGCGAAGUAACUGCUGAUGCAAAGGACACGGAGACGAAUUCCCACAUAGGCUCGCUUCUGCUGGAGCGGCGGAGUCUCUUGAUAACGAGCGGUGCCAUGUACACCGAUUACCUCCAUGGCAUUGAGGGCAGGACAAAAGACAUCAUCGACGAUUCCAUCAAGAACAUCGAUGCCUGUUCCGUGAAAAUGGGCACAGUGCUACAGAGGGAGACAAGGGUUUCCCUUACGAUACGAGUUGUUCCAAAAGUGCUCCGAGCAAAUGUGCUCCAAGCACUGUUCAAGAAGUGAACUAUCUUUACAGUUGGGGACAUUUGAAAUGUGCUUCUUUUGUUCUGUCACGAUUCAUUUAUUUGAGGCAAUGAGAUCGGAAGGACUCUGAACCAAAAUGAAACUUUUGGCUCACCAACAUGCUUUCCGUCCACAGGGUGUGUAUGAAGUGUUUACGAGCCCGUCAUCACUUUGUGUGCCUACCUCAACUUUGCAACAGUCAAGGAAGAUUGUUUUUGUUUGUAAUAAAAGCAACCACGUGUCUUUGUU